AUGCCGCACCUGCGCAAUCGCGAGAAGAAGAUCACGAACUCGACCUUCAACACCUACAUGAAGAAGGCCGCCAAGAGGAAUCUCGUCUUCGAGCUCGAGCGGUCACACUUCGACGAACUACUCGGAUCUCCAUGCUACCUUUGCGGUGUAAGGUCGGCAGGUGGCGUGGAUCGCACCGACAACACCGUGGGGUACACGGUCGAGAACGCGAUGCCGUGCUGCAAGACUUGCAACUUCCUCAAGGGAACGCUGCCUCUGUGCGAUGUUCUGACGCGUGUCGAUGAGAUUGUAUUUCACCACGGUGUUUAA